CGUCUUAAACUAGAUCUACUUUUGUUUUGUGUCAUUUUAUAAAUGUUAAAAUUAACUAAAAAUGCAUGAAUGUGAUUUUUUUACCGUUUUAUUCUUAAUUUGAAACUGACACAAAAUUGUAUUUGAAACAAACAAACAAAAACGUGAAACUUGUACGAUUUAAAAACUGGGAUUCCAUUUUUUUAAAUAGCACGAAAUUAUGACGUCAUCAAAAUAAGUGAUAAUGGAUUGAUUUUUAAGGGAUUUAUUUUUUACAGAUACGACUUUGUAUUCGGGUAAAAUUACACAUCAUUAAUAAAUUUAAUCUUUAAUGUCAUUGAGAGAAGAAUAAAAAUAUAUCUAUUAGCAUAUCACGUGACAAAUUGUAUUUGCAGCAGCUUUGCAUGUAAGUUUUCUACUAAUUGAAGCUUUAAGCUAAACAUAAGUGAACUGAUGAAGUUGGGGAGGUAUUUCUUUCUAAAUUUGGAGUUAGUUAACGACAUCAUCAAACUAGUAAAUUAAACAAAAUUAAUGAAACCGAAAGAAGAAGUAUAAAAUUCCCCGUCACAGAACAUAGGAAAUUACAAAAAAGAUAGGAAGCAAGAAUAGAUAGAAUACAGCAAGCGCCAAAACUAUUACAUGCAAUGCAUUCCAAACGUCAUUUAUACCAUGGGAUCUAUGGUGCCUUCAAAAUCAAAGUGUAAAGCUGAAAACAUAACGUUAGUUUCGCAAUCAAAACAGCUUGUUAUUAACUAUAUUUGUUCCUUUUGCCACCACUAUUUAAAAGCAGCUCGUUAUUCGGUUGCAACAAACAUAUUUGAAGCUAACGCUUGCCAUCAAUAUACAAGUAGAACAGAUGCUACACAUCCGAUGUUAAACAGCAGAACAAUAGACAGGGGUGCUCAAAAUAGUAAAUUUUAAAAGUAUUAUAAUAACAAAUGUUACACCUGUGAUAUUCAUGAUGUGUUAUCCAAGGAUUUUUGAUACUGCGUGAUUUUAAUAUUGUUCCAGAGCUUAGUGUUUACUUUAUAUACUGUAGUUGAAUUAAUAAUGGAUGACAAUUCGGAUGACGAUUUAAUUCAGUUUUCGCAUAACGAAUCGGAAUUGAAGAAUGGUGAGCAAGUGUCUAAUGUCACAACAACUAAAACUAGAAGUUACACUGCCGCUAUGGAAAUGCGAGCAGAUAUGCCCAAUGUAAAUACUUUUGUUAGACCUAAAGUGCAGACAUAUGACCCAAAUAUGAGUCAACAAGUGUCUUAUCCACCGACGUGCAGAUAUCCACUCAGGCAUAGACAUGCAUCCACACUUUCUGCGAAUGAGAAUCAACAAUCUCCUAGGGCUAAUUCAUCUGUAUAUCAUCAUCAAUACUCGGCAACAAGUCAAUCAGUCACAGGUGCACUUAUUCAAAGCUCACCGCCUGCAAUCACGUCAAGACAUCAACUGACAGAAAAAUCUAACAUGAUACCAGGAUCUGAAGGGCAAACACACCAACGCUUAAAUAGACGAGAAAGACGAGCAACCGGAAAGCCACUCAGGUUUCACGAAUACGCGGAUUACAGGAAGAGAGUGUCUUCAUUUGAAUUCUGGCCCAUACAGAUUAAACAGACUCGAGAACAAAUGGCCGACGCUGGCUUUUUCUAUACAGGUUCCGAUGACUUAGUACAAUGCUUCCAAUGUUACCGUCAAGUGCGCCGUUGGGAAAACGGUGACGAUGUGUAUGCAGAGCACGCUCGAAUAUUUCCGUUGUGUCCAUAUAUAAGAGAACACAGAGGGGAUAGCUUCAUAGCACAGACUGUCAAUGAGGACAAAGAGUUCUCUGCCAAAGACCAAUCUCUACAAUAUGCUCAACAAGAUCAACAAGAAUUCUUAAAAUAUUUUGAGAGUAAAAGGAAUAGACUUUUGGAAAUGGGUUUCAAUGAUGACGAAUUCAAAAUUGUACGACAGCACUUCAAAAACAUAGGUAAUUUCAAACCGGACAUAGAUGAAAUUGUUGACGCACUGACCGAAACGAAGACGUGUGAGGAUUAAAGGUGCUUACUGGGGACUACAUGACUGGGUAUACUCUACUUCGUCUUACAUGCGCUUUAUCCACAAACACAGUAGACUCUCGUUCAUUUGUUGUAAUUAAUUCCUGAUUUGUUUUAGAAUUACACAAGUGCCAAUUACAUGUUUCCUUUGUGUUUUGUUCAUAAAUAUUUAACUAUGUAACUAUUAAUAUUAUUUAAUAUUUUCUGUUGACAUCUUAACAUAUCAAGUUAUUUAUUUUGCAAGAAAAAAUUAAAAUUUAUGCAUAUGUGUUUAAAAUAUACAUUUGUAUUAUAAAGCAAAAAAGGUGUGCCGUCGUGGCCGACCCUCACGAGUGGUUCACACUUCGAACUAAUAAUCUAAGGAUUGCUGGUCGCGUGGAUCAACGUGAAUCGCAAGACGGCGUUUCUGUGAGCAAAAACUUAAUACUCACGCUUAUUUUAUUUUUGACUAGUUCCAGGAAGGGAUGGUGUUGUUUUAAGCUUAAAGCUUCCUAACCUAAUCGAACUAAAAUAAAGUCUAUAUAAACUAAGUUUCAAGGUGCAUUAAAACUUCAAUAAAGGUUUAAUUCACUGUGAAAAGUUUACCACCUUCUUAUUUUCCUUGUACUUGGCUUAAAUCAUGUAUAAAUUGUAAAACUUUUUCAUGAACUCGUUUUUAAAUUACAAAUCGAGUCAGAUACAAUAAAGAUAUUGAUGCUUUCCUGUGUGCAUGUUUUAUUGUUUUUGUUUCCUUUUUGAUAAAAGGAUUGAAUAUGAUGUGAAAAGUUAGUGUAACUGAUUUUAUGCAUCAAUGUUAUUGAUACUGCAAACGAUUUUAUAUUUCAUUGUGUUGUUGACUCGUAUUAUUAUGCCUGACAUUGUUAUCUAUACGUCAAUUCAUUAUAUUAGAAACUGUUUAUAGAUAAUGUUUAUAGAUAAUGUUUAUAGAUAAUAAUGUUUUCUAAACUGGUAAUAUGCUGCAUUGUUUUCAUUCGAUUCUUUCGAAAUACUUAAAAAAAUAUUAUUAUAUUUUCUUGUUUAUGUCAUGAUUUUUUUAUUUUAAUUAUUGAAAUUCCGAAAUAUGUAAAUUAUCAAUUAGCCAGGCCGCUGACAUGUUUUUUGCAAUUUAAGGGUCUGACACAUUUAUGUUUAUUUACGUCACAUGAUUAUUAUUUGAAGUUUUCUAAUCUGAUUAUCUGUUUGACUUAAAAAAAAGUCUUCAAUUGCUAAAUGAUAUAAUCGGGAUUAUAGCGUGGAAGCCGAAAGACUACAAUUGUUCUUGUAUUAAUAAAAGAGACAGAACUUUUAAGAGAACAAUUCAGUCAGCCAGACACUUAACCUGUCAUGGUUUAAGUUUAAAGUGUUGGUGCCGGCAUUUUAAUGUAUAUUUAUAGAUAUGUUAUUUCAACCGGUUGGAAUUGUUGUCAUAGAGAAGGAAAAAAAACUAUGUAAUAAAAUCAGGAAA